CAACGCAACGGAUGUCAUGAGCGAUGUCAGCUUGUCAGCAAUUUUGAUCUAUCUCUGGUUGUAUUUGUAUUUAGUAUUUAGGUAGAAUCAAUUGAAUUUUCUUCACCUGAAUUUUAAAUAACACAGGGCCAUAGAAGUGAAAAAGCGGUAUCAAAAAUCGUAAUGGAAUUAGUAUAAAUAAAACGUUAAAGGUAUUAUCUGGAAAGAGGAUUCGUUUUGUUGAUUGAUGAAAUGCCGCCUAAAAAGAAAAAGGUCCCGGUAAACGUGGUCGUGGGGACGGUCUCGACUCGCUCUACGCGUCGGCAGAGUGUCGUCAAUAUAGAGAUCCCGAAAACCAAGCGUAGUCCGACCAAGAAACCAACUGCAAAAGAGGAAACCGACAUUGAAACUAAUUUAGCAAACCUCCAGACAGAGCCUCACAUAGAUAAAGAUGUGCCAAAGAAGAUACGACAGCCUAGAAUAUCCGCAGGGGAAGGUAGAGUAACUAGAAGAUCAAGUACCCAAGUACCACGUAGAGGGAGAAGUUUAGGUUCUUUACCAGACAGUAAUAGAGAAUUGCUGAAAAUUUUAGAUGAUUGGACAGAUGAGGAAGGUCAAGAUAAAACUGACACCUCAUCAAUGGGCUAUACUGAGUCAGAAUGUGGUUCAUCAGUAGGCAUUGAAAACCCAAUUUCUGGUACUGAGGAGCUUAAAACCACUUUUGAAAAUCAAUUCAAAGGCUUAUCUCAAGAAAAUGUAGUUGAAGAAGUAGUUACUGAAGAAAUUAGUACAGUGGAAGGGACAGAAGUCCUAGAAGAUGCUUAUCAAAUAGAACCUCCUCAAGAGUGUCAAGAUUCAGCAAAUAAUGAUGUGCUCACAACAGAAAAUAACAGUCCAUGUAUGGAAAGUGAAGAUGCUGCUAUUAUAAUAGAAAAUACAAGUUCAUCUUCUGGUAUGUGUAUACCUGAAGUUGUUGAAGAACAGUGUAUAGUGGAAGAAAAUGUCAUUAUUGAAGAUUCACAAGAAGCUAAAGAUGAAAUUGUGGUUGAAUGUGUUACAGAUGAAGUCAUUUCUGCUGGAGGACUGACUACAGAUGAAAAUUCAGAUGAAAUCAAUCAGGCAAUGCAGGAUGAGAUAUCACAAACUAGUGGAAAUGUACAGAUGGACACAUCAGAGGUCCUAUGUGAUGAUACUGUGGAAAAUACUGAACUAAUGCAACAAGGAGGUAAAAAGGUUCAUCUAACUUCUCCAGAAGAAGGUUGCGAUCAAAUAGGCGAAGCAUCAUAUCAUGAAGAAUAUGGAAGUAAUUCACAAAAUACUUAUUUUGAAGAACAGCUACAAAAGAAAGAUGAAGAAAGAUGUGCCCCUGAGGAAGUUAGCGAAGCAAUAGGUGGAAUGCAGCCAGAACAUUCUGAGCAGCUGGUUGAAGGUUUUCAAAAAGAUUAUGCACCCUUAACUGAAGCUCAUCAGGAAGACAUUGAAGCCUCUCAAUAUGACAUAGAAUUUGCUCAUGGAGAAGAAACUGAAGUUGUUAAUGAAACUGGGGUACAAGGAGAUGUGGAUGUAUAUACUGAACAAAUCGACGAAACAUCCCAAGAACAACUAGAGCAAAAUUUUGAACAACAAGACAUUGAAGUAGGAGAAGAACAAAUACAUGGAUCAUCUCAAGUACAACCUGAUUCAGUUGAUGAAGUUCCCCAGAAGUUUGAUGAAAGAACUAGUCAGGAGUUCUCUGGUCCAAUUGGUGAAGUUCCCCGGAAGUUUGGUGAAGGUACUCAUCAAGAAUUUAAUGAGAUAUCAACUAAAACUCCUAAGGAAACUUUGGAGCAUUUAGAGGAAGUCAACCAAGAAGCAGUUAAUAUUUCUCAAGAAAGUUCAUAUAUCCAGAGUAAUCUUCAAGAUCAUCAAGAGGUAGAAGAUAGCAUGGUAGUAGAAAAAACAAUUACCAUAACAAAUGAAGAAAAUAGUCAGAAUGUUUCUAAUUGCGAUUCGAGCCAUGCUGACGAACAGGCAAAUGACACUUAUGUUGCAGGUGAGGAAGUACAACCAGACGAAGCUAUGGAAGUAACACAAUAUGAUAAAGUUCUUCAGGAACAACAGUUUGUACAAGAAGAAAAGAAGCUGGAGUCAGCCUUCAGUACUGCGGAGUUAGAGCAAACAUUAUCAGAAGGACUGGCACAAGAUACAGAUGCAGACAUAGAAAGAAAUAAAAAUGUGAUAUGUAAAGCUGUACAUUGUCAGGGUACAACUGAUACUACAGAGGACAGUAUGCUGAACUUAAAAAUGGCGGUACUUGAUUUACAGUGCGCAAACAAUGAAACAAAAGGUUUGGAGCAAGAGGUGGCGGAACUGAAGUUGGAUUCCAAAGAAGAAAUAUCAGAGAAAUCUCCAAGUGACCGGAAAAAGAAAGACGAAAAGGCUAAGCCAAGAUCGAGGCCUUCAAAAAGCGCCGAACCUAAAGCUAAGUUACCGAAACAGCAAAAACCAACAGAAAAAGUAUCUAAACCAAAGGUGGUCAAAGAGAAGGUGGUUAAAGAAAAAGUAGUGAAACCUAAACUUGCUAAGGAGAAGGAACCUAAGGGAGAAAAAAAGACCAGUACGAAAAAAACAAAGGAAGGUACCGGUAAAAAAGAAGCCUCUGAAAAAUUAUCUUUGAAAACGGACGAAGAAAAGAAAUCCGAAGAAGAUCAAGAAGUUCGGCGAUCUUCCAGAAUCAAAUCGAUUAGUGUACAAAAAAGGAGGACCACUGGACAUGGUCUAGUCAAGUCUAAGUCUGAAACAAGUCUAAUGGAAGUCGAUCUUUUUGACGCGUCGUCAAAUGCUGACUCUGAUAAAGGAACAUCUUCUGCUUCUCCUAAGGUAAAAGAACGUAAAUCUCGUUGGUCCAAAUCUUUGGAGACAGUCCAACAGCCUCAGUUCCGUUCAACAGAAAACAUGGUGUCCGACGAUUCAAAAAUGAUUUUGGAUGAGAAACCGCAGAGUUCAGCUGGGGACGACCCCGUAGUCCAGGCCAGGCUGCGAAGUUUCGUACAUUUGAAAGAGAACAUGUACAAAACUGACAGGUUGACAUGCAAAGAAGCUAAAAAGAUGGUUUGUGAUUGCUUCUUGACUGAAGAGGAAAUCGCUGCCAAUGAGUAUGGCUGUGGAGAAGAUUGUUUGAACAGAUUGUUGCUUAUUGAAUGUGGCAAUCUCUGUCAAGUCGGGGAUAGAUGCACAAAUCAAAGGUUCCAAAAAAAUCAGUUCGCGCCAGUGGAAGUAUUCAACACUGAAAAGAAGGGACUUGGAUUAAGAGCUGCAGCAAACGUACCUUUCGGAGAAUUUAUACUGGAAUAUGUUGGAGAAGUGUUGAAUACAGACGAGUUUGAUAAAAGAGCAGAAGUUUACUCUCAAGACAAAAAUAUACACUAUUAUUUUAUGGCUUUGAGGGCAGAUGCUAUCAUUGAUGCUACUAUGAAAGGUAACAUUUCAAGGUUCAUAAACCAUUCAUGUGACCCAAAUGCAGAAACUCAAAAAUGGACUGUGAACGGCGAAUUACGAAUAGGAUUUUUCAGCACGAGAACUAUAUUGGCAGGAGAAGAAAUCACAUUCGAUUACAGGUUCCAAAGAUACGGGAAAGAGGCUCAAAAAUGCUACUGUGGAGCAGCGAUUUGUAGAGGCUGGUUGGGCGAACAGCCAGACUCUGACGAAGAAGAAGAAGAGGAAGUGGUGGAAGAAGAAAUGGUAGCAGUAGCCGAACCAGAAACUCCUAGUGAAAUACUUGGUAAUGACAUCAAGAAGGAAAUCACAGCGGACGUACAAGCGGAACUACCAACCGAGGAAGCUGCAGUACCGAAAAUGGAGAUCGAAGGCGCUGUGAAAGAAGAGGCAACAGCUAAGGAAGCGGUAGCAGAUGGUACUGGCACGGUGGAUGUCGCGCCUGUUGUAAUAAGGAAAAAGGUUAUCAAGAAAAAACCGAGGAUCGAAAUGUUCGAGGAGAUCGACCAAUUGAAUGAAGAAAUCGACAUGCUGGUCACCACAGGACUGAAAAAUCAAGCACACACGCUAAAGCUCAGCAGAAUGAUGGUGAGGGCCAAAGAGCCUCAACAGAGAGCUAAACUGCUCAGAGUAUUGAGAAAGGGUGAACUGCCUUGUAGAAGACUGUUCUUGGACUACCAUGGUCUAAGAUUGAUUCAUGGAUACAUGAUUGAUGCUCAGCAUUUGGUCAAGGCUGACAAGAAGUUUGAAUCUCAAAGGCUAGAGAUGCUGCAAACUUUGGCAGUGUUGCCGAUACCUAACAAGACAAUGCUUCAGGACAGUAAGGUGUUGCCCACUGUUGAAUUAUGGGCAAGUUCUAAGGAGCUUACUUCGCCAUUAGAUUCAGACAGUAAUUCGCCAAAGGCGGAACAGUUUGAUAGAGGGACUACUGUGACAAAGAAAGAAGAAUCGGAUAAAACGAAGAUUGAUCCCGUUACCGGAAGAAGCAUAGAAGACCAGGAGGAAGAAAUUCGAUUUUUAGCCACAAAAUUGUUGGAAGAAUGGCGUAAUUUGAAGGAGGUAUUUAAAAUCCCCAAAAAAGAGAGAAUAGAACAGAUGAAGGAGCAUGAACGAGAAGCAAACAAAAAGUUCAUGCAGAGUGGUUAUGGUCAGGAACCAGAAAAAGAUAGGAAGAGUGAAAGGUACCGCAACAUAGCGAAAGUUAAAGAACGCGAUCUCGGCAUCCCCGCAAAGCGGCCCCAGAAAGGCGAAAAAUUGAGCGCCGAAUUCAUCCGUUUAACGAAGGUCGAACGAAGAAAAUUGUUCGCCCUGCAACACGAGUUGAAAGAGGAAGAGAGGCGACUAAAGCAGCGAGAGCUGUGGAGACAACAUGAGAUGAACUGCAUGAUGAUGGGCACCGAUCCCAGGUUCACGGCACCGUUCGAUCCCAGUAGACCAUAUCAGUGUAUUUGGAACCCACAGAUCGGUCAGUGGCAGAACUACCCACUACCUCCAGGCACAAUAUUACCGCCCGCACCAAGCGCCUCGCUACCAAAUUUACCUCCCCAAUCCAACAUGAACAUGCCUCAACAUAAUAUGAACAUGAAUAUGCAGCACAACAUGAACAUGCCUUUGGCACCCCCACACCAGAUGUCCAAAAACAUGGCCAGCUACCCAUAUGGUGGGAUGAUGGGAACUGCGCAGAGACAACCUAUGCCUCCUUUACCACCUACGUCUAUUGGUCAGAUGAAUCCGAUGCAGAUACCAACAUCAAACGUCCAAAUGCUACAGUACCAAGAGAAUAAACCUAAUGAAGAGGAUUCAUCCCAAGUGAAGUUCAUGGGUCCCAUUCCUCCCCCAGUAAAGUUGCCACCAAAAUGGAAAUGCGCAAAAGAUAAGUACGGCAGACCGUACUACUACCACAUUAAAAUCAGGAAAAGCCAAUGGGAACCGCCCCCUAUAGCACCACCACCGCCGCCUAUUGAAGACGCUGAAGAAUCUUCUGAAACAGAAUCCAGCUCUGACACAAGCAGUUUGAGCUCUUCAUCGGACUCAGAUGACAGCGACGACGCGAUUGACGACACUAAGCUGCUCCAGCAUGUCAGGCGACAAAUGGAAAAGGCUGAUAAAGCUGUAUCGAAGACUAUCGAUAACGUCAAGGUCGAAUCCAUGAUUUUGGCAUCUACGCCUAGCCCGACAGUGUCCGAUCAACCAUCAGAAGAUAGAUCAGAGGUGGAAGCGAAGGAUUCACCAUUAGCAGGACCGUCUCCUGGUGAUGGUGAUGAAUCAUUAGAGAGACCUUCGAUAGACAUCAGACUUAAGGAACUCUCGUUCUUACGAGAAGACACUGCAUCCUCAUCAAAGAAAAGACGAAUAGGAUUGUGUGAAGAGAUCAUCAUAAGUCCACGAAGUGAGGAGGACAAAAAACAACUGAGAGAAGACCUGAAGCGGUACAAAGCCAACAAAGAAAAACUGCGUCGCCAAAAAGAGCUGCUAUUGCGCCAAUCAAGACAGAAAGAGAAAGAGAGACUGAGAAAAGAGAAGACAAGAUUGUCGUUGAAGAAGAUCAAAGAAAUGCCGGACUUUAAUAGUGAAGCAGCCAAGAAAAUCAAGGAAACGUUCAGAGCCAACAUGGCCUCCACUGUGGUGAUGUCGCUCAAUGCAUAUAGGAAGUUGGACUGCAGAGAGGGCAGGAUCACUAAUACAGAGGAUUUCAAGCAUUUGGCUAGAAAGUUGACGCAUUUUGUGAUGCUGAAAGAAAUGAAGCAUAUAAGCAGAAUCGAUGAUUUGACUUGUACGGACAAUGUCAAAAUGAAGGCUAGAGAAUAUAUUCGGAAAUAUAUGAGCAAGUUUGGGGACACAUAUGUUAAAAGAAACGACUCUCCUGACUUUAAAGAUUAAUAUUUAUGUGUUCAACUGUGAUAUAUUAUAAUUGUAAUUAUGUUUUUUUCAUUGUAUUUAUACGAUAAGAUUGUACAUUUCGGCUUGAUCAUCAGAUUUGAUUUUGUAACCUAAUAAAACAAAUACACAAAUUGUUCAGCAACAAACUGCAUUACUAUAAACAUCAG